GCAGACUGUUCCACUGGGUUGGGGACUUUCUAGAACGAUUCUAGUUCUCCUUAUUUCUCUGUGUCUUCUCAUGUCUUAGUCGCUGGACUUAGUAGAAGGUGACCCAAUAAGAAAGAUAGAACUCCUUCUUCAAGCUAAAAGAUUUAAGGCUCACAAAGGAAUUCCCUCCCUUCAGAGCAAGCCUAUAAUUUGCCUUUCACAGAAGACCGACUCUUGUAGGGACCACCUUGAGUUGCAUUCUGGCUCUUCCUCCAUCCUGAGAGAUUUCUCUUUGUUUUUGGCCUUCCUUAAGAGAUAAUUUUGACUAAAUUCCUACAAAGAUCCCUGUUGGGCUAUUUCCAACACUGACUUUGCAGGCAUGUUUCCUGGGUUGCUAGAAUAUCACUACUUUCUCUGGUUUCAAACUGCAGAGAGGAUGGGGGGAGAGAAUUUACCAUGAUUGAGCAAAUGCUUUGGUUGCCAAGAAUAUAAACUUCCAAAAGGUUAGGAGAACAAUCUAACUGAGGUUUGUUCUUCAGCAUGUGGUGGGUUUGGUCUUCUUUUAUUCUUGGCUCCCAAGAUGGAACCUAUGAAAGGCAAGAGUGUAGAAGAGGCAGAUGGAGGUUUCCUGGGCAGGACAGGAAGAAAUCUUAAGUUGUGCCUUCAGGCUAGAAAAGAUGGAAGUUGAAUCCUUUGCUGUUUCCAUCCUGUCUCUCUCCUUCCCAGUGGACAAAAUGGAGUCACCGUUGUUCACUGAAUCAUCUCCUAUUGGUGGAACUGAAAGAGCCACUGGAUUCCUGACUCAGGGUCCUGUAUCCUUUGGGGAGGUGGCUAUCCAUUUCAACAGUGAAGAGUGGUUGCUGCUUGAUCCCAGCCAGAGAGCCCUGUAUAAAGAAGUCAUGUUGGAAACAUCUAGGAUCGUGGCCUCUUUAGCAUUUGAUGCGCAGAAGAAGGAAAACGACCAAGAGCCAAAUUUAGUGUCAUUGCAAAUAAUCACAACUGAAAUUCCUGAAGAAACAUCUACAAAUAAGCACGGAAGGAAAAAACAUGAAAAGAAGCACAAUUUGAGAGAAAAAUCUAUUCUUGAAUCGGUGGAAAUAGAUCGUUUCCUGAUCAAACGUGAUUCCAAAGAAAAUACGGGGAAAUGUCAAAGUAGAAACAGAUUCAAAGCAAAUCCCAAUGUUAGUAACCCCUGCAAAUCAGGAAGAAGCUCCAGCAAUAAUGAUCUUACUUCACAUAAAAAGAACCAGGCAAGGGAGAAGCUCUACAACGGUGUGGACUGUGGAAAAAGCAUUGGGAAAAGAGGUAAUUUAACUUCUCAUAAAAAGAUCCAUAAAUGUGUGGAUUGUGGAAAAAGUUUCAGUAGGAAGGGUUCCCUUACUUCCCAUAAAAGGAUACAUACUGGAGAAAAACCCUUUAAAUGCAUAGAAUGUGGGAAGAGCUUCAGAAUUAGUAGUGACCUGAUAUGCCAUAAAAGGAUCCAUUCAGGAGAAACACCUUAUAAAUGUGUGGAUUGUGGGAAAAGGUUCAGUAGGAAGUAUUCCCUUACUUCCCAUAAAAGGAUACAUACCAGAGAAAAACCCUUUAAAUGUAUAGAAUGUGGGAAGAGCUUCAAAAGUAGUAUUUACCUGAUGUGCCAUAGAAGGGUUCAUUCAAAAGAAAAACCUUAUAAAUGUGUGGAUUGUGGGAAAAGAUUCAGCAUGCAGUGUUCCCUUACGUUCCAUAAAAGGAUACAUACAGGAGAAAAACCCUAUAAAUGCAUGGAGUGUGGAAAGAGCUUCAGGGGAAGCAGUGCUCUCAAUUGUCAUAAACGGGUCCACACAGGAGAAAAACCCUAUAAAUGCCUAGACUGUGGGAAGAGCUUCAGGCAAAGUGGUAGCCUUGCUUCCCAUAAACGGAUCCACACGGGAGAAAAACCCUAUAAAUGCAUGGAGUGUGGAAGGAGCUUCAGUGUAAAGAGUGCUCUUACUUCUCAUAAACGGGUCCACACGGGAGAAAAACCCUUUAAAUGCAAACAGUGUGGGAAGAGCUUCAGCAGUAGUAGUUCCCUGAUAUGCCACAAAAGGAUCCAUACAGGGAGAAAACCGUACAAAUGUGUGGAUUGUGGACAAAGCUUCAGUGUGAAGGGUUCCCUUACUUCCCAUAAAAAGGUACAUACUGGAGAAAAACCCUUUAAAUGCAUAGAAUGUGGGAAGAGCUUCAGAAGUAGUAAUUACCUGAUGUGCCACAGAAGGAUCCAUUCGGGGGAAAAACCUUAUAAAUGUAUGGAUUGUGGGAAAAGGUGCAGUACAAAGUGUUCCCUUACAUCCCAUAAAAUGAUUCAUACAGAAGAAAGACCCUUUAAAUGCAUGGAGUGUGGGAAGAGCUUCAAGGGAAGCAGUUCUCUUAAUAUUCAUACACUGAUCCACACAGGAGAAAAACCCUAUAAAUGCCUAGACUGUGGGAAGAGCUUCAGCCAAAUCGGUAGCCUUGCUUCCCAUAAACGGGUCCACACAGGAGAAAAACCUUAUAAAUGCGUGGAGUGUGGAAAGAGCUUCAGUGUAAAGAGUUCUCUUACUUCUCAUGAACGGGUCCACACAGGAGAAAAACCCUAUAAAUGCCUAGACUGUGGGAAGGGCUUCAGCCGAAGCAGUAGCCUUGCUUCCCAUAAACGCAUCCACACAGGAGAAAAACCCUAUAAAUGCACGGAGUGUGGAAAGAGCUUCAGUGUAAAGAGUGCUCUUACUUCUCAUAAACGGGUCCACACGGGAGAGAAACCCUAUACAUGCAUGGAGUGUGGUAAGAGCUUCACUAUCAAGACUUCUCUUACUUCUCACAAGAGGAUCCAUACAGGAGAGAAACCCUAUAAAUGUAUGGAGUGUGGGAAGAGCUUCAGCCGAAGCAGUCAACUUAGUUUGCAUAACAGGAUUCAUACAGGGGAAAAACCUUAUAAAUGCACAGACUGUGGAAAGACCUUCGCUGCCAGUAGGUCUCUGACUUCCCAUAAAAGGACCCACACAGGACAGAAACCCUAUAAAUGCAUGGAAUGUGGGAAGAGCUUCAGAUUUAACAGUAAUCUUGGUUUACAUAAGAGGAUCCACAACGGGGAAAAACCUUAUAAAUGUGUGGAUUGUGGGAAAAGAUUCAGCAUGCAGUGUUCCCUUACAUCCCAUAAAAGGAUACAUACAGGAGAAAAACCCUAUAAAUGCAUGGAGUGUGGAAAGAGCUUCAGGGGAAGCAGUGCUCUCAAUUGUCAUAAACGGGUCCACACAGGAGAAAAACCCUAUAAAUGCACAGACUGUGGGAAGAACUUCAGCCAAAUCGGUAGCCUUGCUUCCCAUAAACGGAUCCACACGGGAGAAAAACCCUAUAAAUGCAUGGAGUGUGGAAAGAGCUUCAGUGUAAAGAGUUCUCUUACUUCUCAUAAACGGAUCCAUACAGGAGAAAAACUCUUUAAAUGCAAACAGUGUGGGAAGAGCUUCAGCACUAGUAGUUCCCUGAUAUGCCACAAAAGGAUCCAUACAGGGAGAAAACCUUACAAAUGUGUGGAUUGUGGACAACGGUUCAGUAGGAAGUAUUCCCUUACUUCCCAUAAAAGGAUACACACUGGAGAAAAACCCUUUAAAUGCAUAGAAUGUGGGAAGAGCUUCAGAAGUAGUAAUUACCUGAUGUGCCACAAAAGGAUCCAUUCAGGGGAAAAACCUUAUAAAUGUGUGGAUUGUGGGAAAAGGUUCAGUACAAAGUGUUCCCUUACGUCACAUAAAAAGAUUCAUACAGAAGAAAGACCCUUUAAAUGCAAGGAGUGUGGGAAGAGCUUCAAGGGAAAGAGUUCUCUUAAUUGUCAUAAACUGAUCCACACAGGAGAAAAGCCCUAUAAAUGCCUAGACUGUGGGAAGGGCUUCAGCCAAAGCAGUAGCCUUGCUUCCCAUAAACGAGUCCACACAGGAGAAAAACCCUAUACAUGCAUGGAGUGUGGAAACAGCUUCAGUGUAAAGAGUUCUCUUACUUCUCAUGAACGGGUCCACACAGGAGAAAAACCCUAUAAAUGCCUAGACUGUGGGAAGCGCUUCAGGCAAAGUUGUGACCUUGGUUCCCAUAAACGGGUUCACACAGGAGAAAAACCCUAUAAAUGCAUGGAGUGUGGAAACAGCUAUAAAAGUAGCAGUUACCUGAUCCUCCAUAAACAGCUCCACACGGGACAGAAACCCUAUAGAUGCCUAGAGUGUGGAAAGAGCUUCACUAUCAAGACUUCUCUUACUUCUCACGAGAGGAUCCACACAGGAGAGAAACCCUAUAAAUGUAUGGAGUGUGGGAAGAGCUUCAGCCGAAGCAGUCAACUUAGUUUGCAUAACAAGUUCCAUACAGGAGAAAAACCUUAUAAGUGCACAGAGUGUGGAAAGACCUUCGCUGCCAGUAGGUCUCUGUCUUCCCAUAAAAGGACCCACACAGGAGAGAAACCUUAUAAAUGCCUAGAAUGUGGAAACAGCUUCAGAUUUAACAGUAACCUUGCUGUCCAUAAGAGGAUCCACAACGGAGGGAAAUAGAAAUGUAUGGAAUGCGGAAGGAGCUUUUGUGAAAGAGAAUGCUCCUCGGGAAAGAAUGCACAGUGGGCAGAAAAAUAUCCUGUGGACAGCAGUCAACUUAUUUCCCUUACAGAUAAAUAGAAAAAUGAAUGGACAAAGUAGUCAAGAAAGUUAAAUAUUUGGGAGUAUACUUAACAGCAAGAUGUGCAACUAUUAAAGGAGAUAAUUAUAAAAGAUUAAUACAACAAAUUAAAUUGGACUUGGAGAACUGGAAAACCUUGCAACUGUCUAUGAGAGGAAAAAUAACAACCAUAAAAAUGAAUAUCCUGCCGAUGGUACUUUUUUUGUUCCAAGCGAUCCCUAUAAAAUUAGAGGGAGAAAAACUCUUAUGAGCUAAAUACAAUAAUCUUGAAAUAUGUUAGGCAAGAAAAAAGAGCAAGAAUAAGACUGAAAAUGCUGCAAGAAUCUAAACACAAUGGGGGCUUUGGGUUGCCGGAUUGGGAGCUUUUUACCAAGCUUUUGUACUAACUAGGGUGAAAGAAUGGAUAAAUCUAAGACAUAGAAGACUAUGACUGUUGGAGGGACAUGAUCUUCAAUUGGGAUGGCAUGUCUUUUUGUGGUAGGAAAAGAAUAAAAUACAUAGAUAUUUUCAAAGACA